AUGAAACCUAAACGGAGCUCCGGCUCUAGCGCUCCAGGACGACUUUAACUUUCACCUGUGUCGCGGCGAAUGGGGUUAGACAAUUUCUGCAGUCUGGACGGUUCCGAUCCGUUCUGGGAUUGGAACCGGACAUGGUACACAGCCAACCCAGACCUAACCCAGUGCUUCCAGAACACUGUCCUGGUGUGGUUGCCCUGCCUCUACCUCUGGCUGUGUGCCCCCAUCUACUUCAUCUACCUCCGCAGCCACAGUCGUGGCUACAUUUGCAUGAGCCACCUUAACAAAGCCAAAACUACUGUUGGCUUUCUCCUGUGGAUCAUUUGCUGGGCAGAUGUUUUCUAUUCUUUCUGGGAAAGAACCCAGGGCAGCGGUGCCCUUGCGCCAGUCUACCUGAUCAGUCCAACCUUGCUCGGCAUCACCAUGUUGCUGGCGACUCUGCUGAUCCAGUAUGAGCGUAUGAAGGGGGUGCAGUCGUCUGGGGUGAUGCUGAACUUCUGGCUGCUGGCUGUGCUGUGUGCCACAGUCACUUUCAGGUCCAAAAUCAUCCAGGCCCUCGAACAGGCAACGCCGGUGUGUGUGUGGAGGUACACGACCUUCUACAUCUACUACACCCUGCUGCUUGUGGCCCUGUUCCUGUCCUGCCUUUCAGACCAGAUGCCACUCUUCUCCCAGUCCAUCAAAGACACGAAUCCCUGUCCAGAGGCCGGAGCUUCUUUCCUCUCCAGAAUAAGCUUUUGGUGGAUCACCAGUAUGAUGGUGACGGGCUACAAGCGCCCACUGGAGGAAAAGGACCUUUGGUCGCUGAACCCUGAGGAUUGCUCCAAGAAGGUGGUUCCUCAUCUUGUGCAUCGCUGGAACACAGAGUGCCAAAAGGUCAAAAGGCCAGAGGAGAAGACCUUGUACUCCCCUAAGCGGGCAUCGCGUACCGAGGGUAAAGAGAGCCGAGUCGUGGAGGAGUCAGAGAUCUUAAUAGUAAAAAACCAUCAGAAGACCAGGGAGCCUUCCCUGUUCUGGGCACUGUGCCUGACCUUCGGGCCCUACUAUCUCAUCUCCUGUCUGUACAAGUUCAUCCAGGACAUCCUUAUGUUUGUUGGUCCUGAGAUCCUCAGGCUGCUGAUCCACUUUAUCAACAACUCCGGUGCCCCCUCUUGGCAGGGCUACUUCUACACAGCCCUGCUCUUCAUAUGCACAUGUCUACAGACGCUCAUCCUGCAGAAGUACUUCCAUGUCUGCUUUGUCACUGGCAUGCGCCUGCGUACUGCCGUCAUUGGAGCAGUGUACAGGAAGGCACUGGUAAUCAGCAGUGCUGCACGGCGCACCUCCACAGUUGGCGAGAUUGUCAACCUGAUGUCAGUGGAUGCCCAGCGCUUCAUGGACCUUAUCACUUACCUCAACAUGAUAUGGUCUGCCCCUCUGCAGGUGGUGCUGGCCCUCUAUUUUCUCUGGCAGAAUCUGGGUCCAUCUGUGUUGGCUGGAGUGGCUGUGAUGAUUCUGAUGGUACCAGUCAACGCUGUCAUUGCCAUGAAAACCAAAACCUACCAGGUGGCUCAGAUGAAGAGUAAGGAUAACCGCAUCAAGCUGAUGAAUGAGGUGCUGAAUGGCAUCAAGGUGCUGAAGCUGUAUGCGUGGGAGCUGGCCUUCAAGGACAAAGUGUCAGCCAUCCGUGAAAGUGAGCUGCGGGUCCUGAAGAAGACAGCCUACCUCGGUGCUGUGUCCACCUUCACCUGGGUCUGUGCCCCUUUCCUGGUUGCUCUGUCCACAUUCGCCGUCUACGUGCUGAUUGACGAAAACAACGUCUUGGACGCCCAGAAGGCUUUUGUGUCCCUAGCCCUUUUCAAUAUCCUGCGUUUUCCUCUCAACAUGCUGCCCAUGGUCAUCAGCAGCAUCGUGCAGGCCAGCGUGUCCAUGAAGCGUCUGAGAGUAUUUCUGUCACAUGAAGAGCUGCAGGAGGACAGCGUGGAGCGCAAGGCAGUAUCAGGCUCGCCGUACAGUAUCUCCAUUGUGGAGGGAGCUUUCAGCUGGUCUAGAACAGAAUCCCCAACACUGAGGAGCCUGAAUGUUUGCAUUCCAGAGGGCUCUCUGGUGGCUGUGGUUGGACAUGUUGGUUCAGGAAAAUCCUCACUGCUGUCUGCCCUGCUCGGAGAAAUGGAGAAACUGGAAGGAACUGUGGCUGUCAAGGGUUCGGUGGCUUAUGUUCCUCAGCAGGCCUGGAUCCAGAAUGCCACCCUGAAAGACAACAUUGUGUUUGGCCAGGAGAGGAAGGAGAGCUGGUACCUGCGUGUGGUGGAGGCCUGUGCCCUCCUGCCAGACCUGGAGGUGCUGCCUGCUGGAGACAGCACAGAGAUUGGGGAGAAGGGAGUUAAUCUGUCUGGAGGUCAGAAGCAGAGGGUGAGCCUGGCCAGGGCCGUCUAUUGUAACUGUGCUGUCUACUUGCUGGAUGACCCGCUGUCUGCAGUCGACGCCCAUGUGGGAAAACACAUCUUUGACAAGGUCAUCGGCCCGCAAGGCCUGCUCAAGGACAGGACUCGUGUGCUGGUGACUCAUGGGCUGAGCUACCUGCCCCAGGCUGACCUGAUCCUGGUCAUGGUAGAUGGAAAGAUCACGGAAAUGGGCUCCUACCUGGAGCUGAUGGCCAGAGAGGGAGCCUUCGCUGAGUUCCUUCGCACCUACGCCACUGCUGACCAGGCUGACAACAACACAAAGGGGAGGGAUGAGGAGGACGAAGAGAAGCAAAAAUCUGAAGAUUCUCUGCCAAAAAAAGGAAUCGAGAAUGGCAGUCCAGCUGCUCUUAUUGGCAGUCAGGGUGUUCAGAGCAGCAGCAGCAUGGCUCAGAGGGGCAAGGAGGGAGAGGUGCUGGGAAAAAAAGCCAAAAAUGCUGAGGUCGGCAAGCUUACAGAGGCAGACAAGGCCAACACUGGACAGGUAAAGCUGUCAGUUUUCUGGGAGUACAUGAAGGCCAUCGGAUUGCUUCUGUCCUUCAUCAGUCUGCUGUUCUUCUUCACCCAUCACCUGGCCUCCCUCUUCUCCAACUACUGGCUGAGUUUGUGGACUGAUGACCCUGUGAUAAACGGCACUCAGCCUAACAGGCAGAUGAGGCUUGGGGUGUACGGUGCUCUCGGCCUGUCACAGGGCAUAGCAGUCUUGUGCUAUUCCCUCUCAGUGUCCAUUGGGGGCAUCCUGGCCUCACGCUACCUCCAUCAGACCAUGCUGUAUGACGUCUUGCGCUCACCCAUGUCUUUCUUUGAGCGCACACCCAGCGGAAAUCUGGUCAAUCGUUUUGCCAAGGAGACAGACACCAUCGACUCAGUCAUCCCCAGCAUUAUUAAGAUGUUCAUGGGCUCCAUGUUCAAUGUGUUGGGUGCUUGUGUCAUCAUCUUGAUUGCCACACCAUUGGUGGCCAUCAUCAUCCCUCCACUUGGCCUUCUCUACUUCUUUGUACAGAGGUUUUAUGUGUCAUCGUCUCGCCAACUGAAGCGUCUUGAGUCGGUGAGUCGUUCACCUGUCUACACUCACUUCAACGAAACCCUGCUGGGCACCACUGUCAUCCGAGCCUUUGGUGAACAGCAUCGUUUCAUCUCUGAGAGUGACCGGCGUGUGGACCACAACCAGAAAGCCUAUUACCCCAGCAUUGUAGCUAACAGGUGGUUGGCGAUCCGUCUGGAGUUUGUAGGAAACUGUAUUGUGACAUUUGCUGCUCUGUUUGCUGUCAUGGCCAGAGAGAGUCUCAGUCCAGGCAUCAUGGGACUCUCUAUCUCCUAUGCCCUACAGCUGACAGCUUCUUUGACCUGGCUGGUGAGGAUGUCCUCUGAUAUAGAGACCAACAUAGUCGCAGUGGAGAAAGUCAAAGAGUACAGCGACACAGAAAAAGAGGCGGAGUGGAGACACGAGCCGUCCAGCCUUCCCCCAGGCUGGCCGACUGGCGGUGAUAUAGAGAUCAGAGGCCUGGGCCUGCGCUACCGAGCGGACCAGGACCUGGCCAUCCGCAACAUUACUGUCUCCAUCCAGGCGGGAGAGAAGGUGGGUAUUGUGGGGCGCACUGGAGCCGGGAAGUCGUCCCUGACGCUUGGGCUUUUCCGAAUCAUUGAAGCAGCUGAAGGCCAGAUCUUCAUUGAUGGAGUAGACAUCGCUAAGCUGGGCCUGCAUGAACUCCGCUCCAGAAUCACCAUCAUACCACAGGACCCAGUGGUGUUUUCAGGCUCUCUGAGGAUGAACUUGGAUCCCUUCGACAGCUACUCUGAUGAGGAGGUUUGGAGGGCUCUGGAACUGGCCCACCUCAAGAGCUUUGUGUCCGGCCUGCCAGACAAGCUCAAUCAUGAAUGUUGUGAAGGAGGAGAGAACCUCAGUCUGGGUCAGCGCCAGCUGCUGUGCCUGGCCAGAGCUCUGCUGAGGAAGACAAAGAUCCUGGUUCUGGAUGAAGCCACAGCAGCUGUGGACCUGGAGACAGACAACCUGAUUCAGUCCACCAUCCGUACUCAGUUUGAGGACUGCACCGUCCUGACUAUUGCUCAUCGCCUUAACACCAUCAUGGACUACACAAGGGUCCUGGUGCUGGACAAGGGAGAGGUGGCAGAGUUUGACUCCCCUUCCGCCCUCAUUGCUAAUAGAGGGAUCUUCUACAAGAUGGCCAAAGACUCUGGGUUGGUCUGAAGCAGUGCCUCCCUCCACUGCUCCUCUGCGUUCUUCUAGGCCCAUGUCAUGGAGGCCCCGUGUUGAAGAGCAACAGAGAGAAAAGCAGGGGAAAUCCUGCAUUUUGGAGUGUUUGACAGUUUUUAAAUGAAGUGAGUGUGCUGUUUAAAAGAAAUGGUUUAGAGUGACAUGCUCCACCCAACACUUCAGUCCUCUGUCUUUUCCUACUGCGUCAGAAGACAUUUAACAACACUGAAUAUACUGUUACUGCUCUUGGAAGAAAACAGCAGGCGACAUCACUUCCUGAUCCUGCUCUCAACUUCCUGUCUUGGUUUGUUUGGAGCUGUCCCUUUCACCUUGUUUUACUGCCAAAGGUGCCAUGGAAGAGUUGGAGACAAGCUCUCACCAUAUGACAGAAAUCAGAGCAAGGGACCAACGGUGAUUUGUUCUGACAAGUGCGAUGGUGUCCACUCCAUUGAGCAACGAAGAGGAGUUUCAUAUUUUCAGUGAGACCCUCUGGUUUUGCCAGCAGGGGCAGACAAGUAUGUCCCAUAAAGCCUCUGGAUUAUUUCCAGGCAAUGGACCCUCAACAUUGAAUGUGGAAACCUGACUAGGUCUUUAGAUCAAAUGUUCAUCAUGCUGGGUGUGUUGCUAAGCCAACCAUCACCCUGUUAUCGACCUAACCUUACUUUCACACUCCAUGUGGAGAGUCGUCAGCGGUGUCUGUGGGGUAAUUCUCAGACUAAGCCAAAGUUUGUUGUGUUUGUAGUCUGUUCAUUUUCAGAUGUCUUACAGGAGUUUCUACACAAGUCUGGAAUGUCAAGAAAAGUAUGGAAAUUACUUUGUUAAGUCCAAAAUUGGUAAUUUGCAUUGUUAACAUUGAUACUGAUAUGGUCUCAUUGAUACUGUUAAGCCACUAUCGAUGUACAUCAUAUGGACGAUUGGUAAAGAAAGUACAGGUUGUAAAAAAAAGAAAAAAAAAGACAUUUUGAAAAUGUAGGAACGUAAUACCGGGGGAUUCCCCAAGGUCCUACUUACCAAAACACUCCCAUCCAUAAUGUGAUUCCCCAAUUUUGUACCACUGAUUGGACCGAAAUGGGUAAAUGAUACCAAAUUCUGUACUUACUGGGCAUAUUUAUCUGCACGCAAUACUCUGGUUGCUGUAAACUUUAACACUGAGGUGACUGCUUUUAACAGUAACACAGUUUAGUCUAAUAACCCGAGUUUACAUUGCCGAGCCAAUGAGAUUCAGACCACAGCCACCAAAAAUGCCAGAACAUGUUACAAUGUCAGAUUUCAGGGAUUUCGAUAUUCUUUAUGGUUUGUAUUGAUGCUCUUACAUUGAUGUAGUGGUAUUAUUAUUGCUGAAAGCAGGUGAC